AUGGCCAAAGAUUGGGAGCCGUUGCAUGAUGAGAUCCGUGAGCUCUACCAUGUCAAGAACAAGCCCCUGGCUGAAGUGAUGCGCUUGAUGAAGGGCAAACACAGCUUCAUUGCAUCCGAACGAUCUUACCGGACGCAACUUCAGAAAUGGGGCUAUUCGAAAUACAGCACCCAGAAGUCUCCCAGGCCAUUUGGCAAGAAGCCGGCCGCAUCUGUCCGAGGAGUCCAGGUAUUCCCUUCGAGCACGGCCAGCGCAAAUAUCUCAUCGAGUCUACCUAGCAUUUCGACUGAGGCACCUGCCUUCGACCCCAAUGGAGGACACUUGCUGCAGCACUUUGAUAUGCAGACCAACUCCAUGAUGCAUCCGCCAGGUCCUCAUUACUCGGACUUCAACCAGGAUCUGCCGUUUGACUUGGUCCAUCCGGCAAAGGAUCAUAGUGGGAAGACGUCUCUGCAUCACGCUGUCAUCGGUAAGAAUACCCAUCAGGUUCAGACCCUACUCUAUGCUGGCGAUGCGGUAAAUAUAAAAGACUAUACGGCAAACGAUCCACUUCACUACGCAGCCAUGGCAGCUGAACCGGAAACUGUCCACCUACUCCUCCGCUUUGACGCUGACUUCAAUGCUAAGGGCCAACUCGGCCGCUCUCCUUUGCAUAUGGCAGUCUCGGCCACAAGCGGUCCAAUUGUCGAUGCCCUUAUCAAUGCAGGGGCAGAAGUUUCCAGUCAAGAUGAUAAAGGCGACACACCUCUGCAUCUCGCGGUUGCCCAUCCAUCGUGCACAGCCCAGGUGCAGGGGCUUAUCAAGGCACUGCUACGGGCUGGUGCUGAUGGGAACAUUGCGAAUGCCGCGGGACUUACGCCCUUUCACAAAGCUUUGAAACUUUACAGCCCGUCAAAUAACUCUACGGAGGAUUUCUCAUUACAAAACGUCCUCAGCUUUCUCCAGCAGGGUAGCAGUGCCAUCAAACCCUUCCCUGACGGAGUUCUACCCUUGACCAUCUAUCUAGCGAAAUCACCCGACCGGUGGAGUUACAGAUCGUCACGGAGCCACAGAGACAUAAUGACCCAAUUUCUUGAUGCAGGUGCUUCACCUACAACACCCAUGGCGUCCGGAGAGCCUAUGGCGCACUACUAUUUCCGUAAAUUGCACAAGGGAUGGCAGACAGAUAGGAAAUGGGCUGAGAGGCUCUGCAGUCUUGCAAACCCAAGCCAUGUAGCCAGCAACGGCAACACACUCCUGCAUGAAGUACUGACGCAUGUCGGCGCAAGUUCGAACAGGCUCAUUGACCAGCUUCUGCGAAACGGAGUGGACCCAAAUUGUCAGAAUCAUGCUGGUCAAACCCCCAUGCAUAUCUUGUUCAAACGAACACGGUACUCACCAACGACACUGCUGCACAUUGAAAAUGCCAUUACGAAGUUGCUGGCUUACGGGGCCGAUCCCUGGAUCCGAGACGCUACCGGUACGUGCGCACUAUACGAGGUCAUGAGGAAGGUGUCGAAUCUCACCCCGACCCUACCACGGUUACUCCUGAAGUCAGAUCUACGAUGCAGGCAGCAUCGCGAACCAAGCUCAGAAACAGGGGCGGCGAGAACUCGGUCCCAAGGCUGGCCAGAAUGGGAUCAGGCGACAAGGGUGGAGGAACUGGUCGAGGCAAGAGAACUCAUCUUUCGUCAACCCAGUUCCAUACCUGGAGAUGUCGAAAAGGUCAUGCAAAUCAGUGCUUACACUGUACUGGCCGAGAAGUUUCUCGACGGUGCCGAGGCUAAAUUCAUCGGGAUAGAUGACGAAGCGCAGGAACGCCGCCGGUAUAUCGCGAAUAUUCUGCGGGAUUGUCAUGCGCACAGCAUCUCGCUCGACAUGCCGUAUUACGACAAACUUCUACAACUCUGUUGA